GCACGGAGGAUCAACAGGUGCGCCGUGCACACAACGGCCUGUUCGACAAUCCGAUGAUGUGCUUGCUUUGCUGUGUGGUUAUCUCGAUGACCAAACCUUAAAACAGCAGCCCAUCGGCAACUCUUUUCAUUGCACAAUGACUCGGUUGUUAUGGAUCGCAAGUCGCAUUUCCCGCUGUCACACCGCUUUCUUGUUGACGCUAUCCCCAAACAUCACACCACAUUCUUCUUCUUUUUUUUUUCUUACUUCUGGCUCCAGUGUUUCCACUUUCUCGGUCUCAGUGUCAAUAAUAACAUCAUUUGGUCCAUAAUUCCUACGCCCGUCCCCCUCCCCCCACCAUCCAAUGGUUGUGUCAUCGUCAUUAUUGGCAUUGUCAGUUGCCCUCAUUCCAUGGCCCACGUUCUCGGCGAUCCUCCAUAUGCUCGAUCGCAACGAGGGGUGUUCUAGUGUCGAAUCUUAGAUAUUCAAUGACGUCCAUGGAGGGGGAGGGAGCACUGCU